AUGAAAGCCCUGAUGCCCUUGCGGUUGUCCAAUUCUAACCUCGGCAUGGCCUCGAUGCUCGACGUUCACGAAGAGGUCGAUCCCUUCGACGAAGGGGAACCUGUCGACUUUCCCGAACUUCUCGCCCGCGAUCUCGAGAUCUCGUCCGACCUCUUCACAGCCAAAAACAUGACGGCCGGCACGCCCAUCACCUCGCUCGCCUAUUCCGCGAGGCCCGUCUCGCGCAUGCUCGGCGUCAUCGAGGAGGCCUCGGCCUUUGACGAGCACGAGUCCGACUCGAGCUCGACGGCGCCUUCGUUUUCCUGUCGCCGGCGCGAGUCGCUCAUGACGGCCCCGACCUCGGUCGCCUCGACGAACUGGAGGCCCUCCAAGGUCGCUGACCGCCAUGGCAGCUGGAUCGACGAUUCGGACGACGAAGAUCCUCGCCUCCGGAGGAGCACUCGUCGCAAGUCGCACUCUGUCGGUGCAUCACCAUCGAGAAUACCGCUGACCGACCGGCCCGCCUCCACCGGCUAUGCCUUCCCUCGCCGCCGUGCGAAGCUUGCCAUCGAGAUACCGAGGAUACCAAACACGUACACCUCACCCAUUCCUUCACCCUCGCCAUCACCUACAAAAUAUACCCAGAUGCCGCCGCAGCUGCCUCAGCCACCGCGGCCGCAAGCACUCGACGUGCAGGCACCAUCCAUCAUGUCCUCACACACGCAACCUCACCUUCCGUCACCCAUCGUCUCCACCAUCCCCGCCGUCCCUACCGCCCCGAGCUUCGUCAGCCUCCGCAGCGUGCCAAGCGUGCAGUCGUGGCUCAACAGCAGCCUCCAGCCGCUGCCCCUGAACGAUGACCUUAGCCGCGUCGUGCCCCUCCCUCCCGACACGAUGGAGACGCUGCGGGUGUCGAUUUCCUGCUUCCCGGAGACGAUGCUCCUCUCGUCUAGCCUCACCGUCGAUACCAUCCGCACGUACUCGAAAAAGGCGCGCCAGCCCGAGCUCCGCGAGACGUCGAGGCGCUCGCUCUGGCGCAAGGUCGUUCGCCGUCCCGAGUCGCGCCUGGACCUUGCUAGCGGCCGACCGUGGGAGCCUCUCAAGAACGUCUUCGGCUGCUGCUCCGACUACGUCUGCGACGCCCUCUACGCCCACAUUGUCGCCUACAACUACGUCUGCGUACUUGCAAACUCCUCCGGAGACGACGAAAUUCCCAAGAAGGCGGCCAGCCUGCUCGGCCUCGGCCGCAAGCGCCUCAGUGCGCCCGAAACGGCCCAGGACAUGCAGGGGGGGCUGCUGCAGUGCAUCACGCGGCUCGUUGCCACUGCGCGCCUCAUGGCCGACAAGGACGACAUUGCCGACGCCGGAGAGGCCGAUAUGCUCUUUGUGAGGAGCCUGUGCGAGAUUGUGCGAAUAGCCGAGGCAUGA